AUGAUAUACUACCGUGCCAUCAAGAUCUUGUUCGUGAUGGUGUUGGCCACCAACAUCGUCUAUUUCACCAGGACGUACCACCUUCGCGAAACUGAGUUGAAACAGGCGGAGUUGAACCACAUCUCCACCAUCUCCUAUGACACCGACGACCAGGUCCAAUUUUCUCCCAACAAACCGUACGCCGAGCUUGAUCAGCUUGAGAAAGUGGCGUAUCUCUUGAAGUCCGUCGACCUGGAUAAGGAGCGGUUCUGGUUGGCCCAAACAGAAAUCACCGAACCCAACCUCCAAAUCAACCCCCAGGACUUUUUACCAGGCGCCAAUGACGAGUCGCCCAACUGGAGCAACAAGCCCACCCUCUUCUACGACCCGCGGUUCACGCUCUCGGUGUACAUCAAUGAGAUUAAGCAUCAGCUUCUCACCAAAAACCCCCAUAAUGAAAAAGCUAAAGAUAAUAUGAUCACGGUACCAUUUGCCUGGAGCGAUUGGGUGGAUCUCACGAUGCUUAACGAAGAAUUGGCCAAGCCAGUGGACGAGCGCGCCGACUGCGGGUGGCUCCAGGAAAAGGUCAAUAAGCCCACCAAGUACCCUGAUUUCUGUGUCAAUCUUCGUGACUUACCCGACGAAGAGCUUGCCGAGAUCGGUCUCCCAUCCAAGGAGUACCUCCCAGGCUUUGUUGUUAAGGGCUCACCCAUGAACAAGGCGCCCCAUAAACAGGUGAUGAUGCAGGGUAAGGCGCACCUCUUGACGCACCAGGAAAAUCCGCUUUCAAUUAUUUUUCUCACCAAGGAUGGCACCUAUGAAGCCCAAGUUGCUUAUAAGCAAAGGAUCGUACACCUGCUGAUGUUCUCCGAGUUUUUGUCCCGUAAGAAUAUCGACGUGACUGGUGACCUGAUGGUGGACGAGGUGAUUCUCAACCCCAUCACUGAGUUCCGCGACCUCAACCGCGAAGUUAAGUCCCGGCCUCUCAACUGGGACGAUGAUAUUUACAAAAUGAACCUGAUUACUCGUCAGAAAAGUGCCAAUGCUCUGAGAGAGUUGUACCUCGAUCCUAAAGCGUUUGAUUAUAAGGUUGAGCAGGUGGAAGAGCAAAUUAUCGAGUACGAGACGCGCCUUGACCACUUGAAGGAUGCAUUGACCAACGAGUUGCACUACGAUCUCGCGUACAUCCAGAAGAUCAAGUUGGACCGGCACGAGAUGAACCACUACAAGUCGUUGAAGCACGCGUACCUGGUGCCUCUCAAGGAUGAAACCACCUAUUACAAGCUUGCAACUCUCUUGAAGGUUGACGGAAACAAAGAUGCUGGUUGGCACUACGAAUGGCGGUUUUUCAACGGGGGUUUGCGGUACCUUAAGGACGGGUGGACCCAGACCCAGUUGGAGAUCCGUGAGCAGAUCAUCUUGGACCGGUUGUUGCGAAACUGGUUUCGGUUUGCCGAGGAAAAGGGGAUCAUCAGUUGGAUUGCCCACGGACCACUUCUUUCGUGGUACUGGGACGGGUUGAUGUUCCCAUACGACAUCGACAUUGAUAUUCAGAUGCCUUCGGCCGAAUUGAACCGGUUAUCCAAACACUAUAACAUGACGUUGGUGAUUGAAGACGUCAACGACGGUUUCGGCAAGUACCUCAUCGAUUGCGCAACGUUUUUGCAGCACCGGGACAUGGCACCCAAGGAUAAUCACAUCGACGCCCGGUUCAUCGAUGUUGAUACUGGUACCUAUAUCGACAUUACUGGCUUGGGUAAAAAUGAAGAAUCACCUCCCCAGGAAUUCAACAGCUACAUUCGUAACAAGAACGCCAAGGGUGACAGCGUCAACUUGUACUCCGACCGUAGAAAGCAUUGGCUUACGUUCGAGCUGAUUUCUCCAUUGCGGUACUCGAUGAUAGGAGGAGUACCCGUGUAUGUGCCCAAUGAUAUCAUGUCGAUGUUGAACCACGAAUAUCCCAAGGGAACCACGUCGUACCAGUUCGAAGACUACUUCUACGUGCCCAUCUUGCGUUUGUGGCUUAAGCGAGACCGGUUGCAGGUGCUUUUGGACGACAAGGGUUUAAAGGAUAUCAACCUUGACCAGAUGACCGAAUUUUUAAAGGGCUUGACGGUCGACGACAAGGUCAAGUUGUUGGAGACCCAUGACAGCGUUUUGAUUGAGUACUACUUGACACACAAGCAUACCCAGUUGCAUGAGAUUGAAAAGAAGUUUAUGUUGGACCCCACUCUCCAGUACUCGAUUUUGGAUCUCAAAGACAACUAUGACUACCACCAGCUUACCUCGAACUUCAAGAUGGGCCUGCCAUUGCGGAAGUCCUUGUAUGACUACGAGUACAUCGAGAGACUCAAGCACCAAGAAUAA